AUGCCCAUUGCCGUCGUUGGUAUGAGCUGCCGGUUUCCAGGAGAUGCCACCAGUCCGGAACGCCUAUGGCAACUGUGUGCAGCCGCUCGUGAAGCCUGGUCAGACUGGCCAGCGGAUCGGUUUAACCAUAAGGCCUUCUAUCAUCCCAAUCCCGAGAGAGGCGGAACCUUUAAUGCCCAAGGAGGCCAUUUCUUGAAACAAGACAUGGGAGCCUUCGAUGCUUCGUUCUUCAACAUAACACCGACAGAGGCCAAGGCACUCGACCCCCAACAAAGGUUGCAGCUUGAAAGCACGUACGAGGCACUUGAGAACGCCGGUAUCCCUCUCGAGACGUUGUUUGGAAGCGAUACAGGAGUUUUCAUUGGCACAUCCAACCAUGACUACGAGCACAUGUUAUGGAAGGACCCCGAUAGCCUGCCCCUUUAUCACGCUGUGGGGGUCAGCUCUUCUAUUAUGGCCAACAGAAUAUCUCACUUCUUUGAUCUUCAAGGUCCGAGUGUCACCAUCGAUACAGCUUGCUCGUCAUCACUUGUUGCGCUACACCAGGCUUGUCAGAGUCUACGCUUGGGUGAGACGCAAACGGCCAUUGUCGGUGGCACCAACUUAAUACUGGAGCCUGGCAUGCUUAUACCGAUGAGUUCCCUGAAUUUCUUCUCUCCCGAGGGCAAGUGCUAUACUUAUGACCACCGCGCUUCGGGCUACGGUCGCGGAGAAGGGGCCGGAACGGUUGUGUUAAAGCCGCUUGACGUGGCCAUUAGAGAUGGCGAUAACAUCCGUUGUGUGAUACGUUCCACCGGUGUGAACUCAGAUGGCCGUACUGCCGGGUUGAUGCUUCCAAACGGAGAUGCGCAAGAAGCUUUGAUCCGUUCCACAUAUGCGGCAGCUGGGCUUGAUCCUGGUGUCACCCGAUAUGUCGAAAGCCAUGGAACAGGGACUAAGGCUGGCGAUCCCAUUGAGUCGGCGGCUAUUGGCCGUGUCUUUGGUCACAUCAGCGAAAGCAUCAGCGUUCCGAAUGUGCGAGUAGGCUCAAUCAAGACAAACAUUGGGCAUCUCGAGAAUGCGAGUGGAAUCGCCGGCUUGAUCAAGACUAUCCUGUCUGUGGAAAAGGGGAUGAUACUCCCCAACAGCAAUUUCGAAAAAGCUGGAGAUAGGGUCUUUUUGGACGAGUAUCACCUUACAGUGCCAACACACUUGGAGCCAUGGCCACUGGCAGGACUGCGACGAGCGUCUGUUAACUCUUUUGGCUUUGGUGGCACAAACGCGCAUUGUGUAAUAGACGAUGCCGAGAACCAUCUGAGAUCAAAGCAUCUAUCCGGCCAUUUCCACACAGUGCUUGAGAGUCCCCCUGCACAGGCCAAUGACGAAAACAAGAAUGCCAACAUCACCCCUCGAAUGUUUGUACUCAGUGCAAACGAUGAGCAUAGUCUCAAGUCUCUUAUAACAUCCUACGCGGUACAUGUUGGAUCUCUGUCACAGAAAACUACAGCAGUAUAUUUAGAUCAACUAUCGUACACCCUGGCAUCGCGACGGUCUUUGCUUCCGUGGAGGGAGGCAUUUGUUGCAUCUAGCCUGUCUGAACUUUCAGAAAAGCUAUGUGCGGGGGAUGGCACGCUUCUGAGGUCAUCAGAGCCUUCAGGAUUAGGUUUUGUGUUUACUGGCCAAGGCGCACAGUGGUGCAGGAUGGGGGCUGAACUCAUGGAGGGAUACCCAGUCUUCAGUAACACCAUGAUGGCAGCAGAAAAACACUUGCGCUCCUUGGGAUCACGCUGGUCUCUCACCGAGGAGCUUUCCCGAGACAAAGAGUCUAGCCGGCUGGAUGAGGGAUCACUCAGUCAGCCGGUCUGCACAGCAGUACAAUUGGCACUUGUAGAUCUACUCUUCAGCUGGGGCGUGAAACCUCGAGCGGUAAUAGGUCACUCAAGUGGCGAGAUCGCCGCUGCCUACGCAGUGGGUGCGCUGACGUUGGAGUUAGCCAUGUCAGUGGCAUACUACCGCGGCGUGGCUGUGACACAACUCAAAGAUGUUGCACCAUACCUCCGAGGUGCCAUGCUCGCGGUGGGCUUGCCUGCAAUCGAAGCUCAAGAAGUUUUUGCAGAUAUCACCUCGGGCGAGGUGGCCAUUGCUUGUAUCAACUCGCCGUCAUCUGUUACAGUUAGUGGCGAUGAAGAAGCAAUCGACGAGUUGGCUCAAUUAUUUACCAAGCGCAACGUCUUUGCCCGCAAACUCAAGGUAGAUGUGGCAUACCACUCACAACAUAUGUUCCAUGUGUCCAACGACUACUUAGCGCAUCUCCUCCAAGGUCCCCCACUGCCAGGAAAGUCUGCAAAUGAUACUGAUGUCAUAUUUGCGUCGUCUCUGGACGCUCGUUUGGUUGAUCCAAGUGAGCUUGGAGUGGCUUAUUGGGUCCGCAAUAUGGUCAGUGCGGUUCAAUUUUCAGAUGGACUGGCAUCUAUGGUUACUGGAACCCCCAUCGACACUCUAAUUGAAAUAGGGCCACACUCAACCCUCUCUGGACCUAUCAAUCAAACUCUAGCUAGUCUCAAGCUCAGCUCACAGAUUCGAUAUCUGCCUACUCUCGUUCGCAAGGAGGAUGCUCGGUCAUCCCUGUUGCUCACAGCCGGCCAACUUUGGAAGCAAGGCUAUUCAGUGAAUGUCAACACGGCCAACUGCCUCGAACAUCCAGAGCUGAAGUACGGGCCCCUGGCAGACCUCCCCCCCUACCCGUUCAAUCACACUGUUCAGCAUUGGCAUGAAAGCCGGAUAAGCAAAGAUUAUCGUUUUCGAAAAUUUGGGCGCCAUGACUUGCUGGGUGCUCUCGUUCCCGAGAGCAACUCGAUUGAGCCCAGGUGGCGGAACAUUCUGAGGCUCGCGGAUGUGCCUUGGUUGAAAGAUCAUAUCGUGCAAUCGACUGUUGUCUUUCCGGCAGCGGGAUACAUUACAAUGGCCAUUGAAGCCCAAAGGCAAAAGCUUUCUGUAACCCAGGGCACUCUUACUAAGAUCGAAACGGUUCGCCUUAGACACGUAUGUUUGUCGGCAGCACUCGUCAUACCAUCUGGCGACAGUGGGGUUGAAAUCUCGCUCUCUCUGCGCCCUUCGCCAGAAAGCGACACAGAGUCAUCAGCUGUCUGGUCCGAGUUCAGGGUAUUGUCGCAUUCUGAGGCUCAAGGAUGGACUGAGCACUGUCGCGGGAGCAUUGCGAUGGAUUUGGAUAACGACGUGUUUGAUCUUGAAGUGGAAGAGGAUGCGUAUUGGCCUAAGAAGAUAUCGUGUGAGUUCUCAGACUGUGUCAAUUCCUUGCCAGCCUCGGAUCUCUAUAGUGCCUUCGACAACAUGGGCCUCCAAUUCGGACCAACAUUCCGAAACCUAGACGAGGUCUUCUUGGGAUCCAUGGACAAUUCAAGGAGUGUCAUUACUGUCCCUGACACACGGUCAACGAUGCCACAUCAGACCGAACUUUUCAACUUGAUACAUCCAGCUGUGCUGGACUCGUGCUUUCAAUCCGCCUUCCCGUCGGUGAUUCACCCGGCCAAGCUGAGAGAUCCGAUGGUCCCAACUUUCAUCGACAAAUUGGUCAUAAGCUCCUCCGUCUCGCGGAAGGUGGGAUCAAAGCUAAUAGCAUAUGCGAGUGCCGAGCCGUUCAUACUUCGCAAUCGCAAAUCACAUAUUGCGGUGUUUGACACUGCUGUGCCCAUUGGCGAACCCAUAAUUACCAUCAGUGGCCUGAAGACAACAUCAUUAUCCUGGGGAUCAGAACGUGCGCAGCUAGCCGACACUACAAGGAAAAUGUGCUACACCAUGUCUUGGCAACCCGAUGUUGAUCUAAUAGAUGCAUCGUGGUUGUUCUCUGCUCCCGAUGGAGCUCGAAGACUGGAGACUGCCGAAUCCCUUACGCUGCUGGAAUACCUCAGUUUUCAAUACUUAAGAGAAGCUCUUGAGCAGAUCAGCGACGAGGAUCGGGAAACACUGUCUAAACAUCACAAACGGUUCUACCAGUGGGCAUUGUCGCAGGAGCCUCCGGUAAUGACUACAAUACUAGAGGACAAAUGCAUGCCUAUAUCGCAUCCGCUUCUAAGUCAGCAUGACGGUCCUGACAAGAAGCAAGCCUUAGAAGAGAUGGCCGAAUGCCUUGGCGCGGAAGGAGAGAUUGUUUUACGCAUUGGCAAGAAUAUAACCUCUAUAUUGAAGGGCGAACUGGAUCCUCUGGCAUUGAUGAUCCAAGGCGAUCUUUUGACCCAAGUAUACGCCCAAGAUCGAAGUAUGCUUCGCUGUUACGAUAUGCUCCAGGAAUACGCAUCGGCCCUGUCAUUCAAAGAUCCCAACAUGCGAAUUCUUGAAAUCGGCGCCGGGACAGGAGGGGCCUCGCAGCCGUUCCUCGAGUCUCUGGGCGGUGGAAACACGAGUUCCUACCCACGCUUCUCACAUUAUACAUACACGGAUAUAUCCUCGGCAUUCUUUGAGAAAGCGCGCACGCGGCUGGCAGCCUGGGAAGGGAUGCUCGAGUACCGCACGUUGGAUAUCGAGCGCGACACGGCAGCACAGGGGUUCGGAGAGGCUAGCUACGACUUGAUAAUAGCGGCCAACGUCCUGCACGCAACCCGCGACAUGGAUAUCACGCUGUCAAAUGUCCGGAGGAUGUUGAGGCCAGGCGGCAGACUCAUCAUGAUCGAGAUCACGCAUCCGCGGUUGCGUAUUGCCUUACCGUUCGGCAUGCUGCCCGGUUGGUGGCUUGGAGAAGAUGGGCGCGAGUCAGGGCCCUUGUUGCAGCCCAGCCAGUGGGAUGCCGCGCUGAAGCGCAACGGGUUUGAGGGGACCAACAUAUGCGAGGCAGAUUACCCUGGCCCACAUGCAAUGUCCAGCUUGAUCGUCAGUCACGCGUCGGAGGAGCAGGGUGAAUCCCCACGCUUGGAAGUUCAAGUUUUCUCCCCAGUCGUGGGGGAUUCUCUGUCGGCGGAACUAUACCAGAAGCUUAACGAAGGCAAGAGCUGGCGACCCGAGCUCUGUAGUUGGUCUGAUGUAAAAACCAAGAGUGCUGGCACAUACAUCAUUCUAGACACGCAUGGCGACUCGUUGCUGGGCUCUCUCUGCCAAAACAAAUUCGAGGCCUUGAAAAGUCUUCUGUGCGGCGCUAGAGAGGUUCUGUGGGUAACCUCUGGUGGACAGGACCGCAAUCCUAACGCUGCCCUCGUUGCUGGACUAGCCCGUACCCUGAGGAAUGAAUUUGCCGGACUUAAGUUGGUCACUCUGGACCUUCAAUCAGCCGGGGCACAAUAUAUUUCGGGGGCAGUGGAGGCAGUUUUACGAGUCUUUAGCUUGCGGUUCUCCGCUGUUAGCAACUCCAAAGAUAUGGAACUGAUGGAGAGAAACGGUCAAAUUGAGAUCCCAAGGCUUCUCGAGUACACAGAACUCAAUGAGAUGCUGGCCAAUGACCUAGCAGAUGCCAAUAAGACCCCUGAUCUGCAACCUUUUCAUCAGGCAGACCAACCCCUGAGACUCCGGGUCGGCACCCCCGGUCUUCUCGACUCACUCCAGUUCGUGGGCAUAUCCGACCGAGAAGAGCCACUCGAGGAUGACGGGGUUGAAUUUAAGGUCAAAGCCAUAGGCCUGAACUUCCGCGAUGUUCUUACCGCACUCGGUCAAAUCGAAAAUCCCUACCCACUGGGUUAUGACUCCAGCGGCGUAGUAACAGCUGUCGGCAAAUCCGUCAAAGGCUUUCAAAAAGGAGACAAAGUUGUCGCUCUCGCUGUAGGCUCCUUCACCAGCCUCCACAGAGUCAAAGCGCACAACGUGUUCCACUUGCCAUCUGGACUCAGCUUCGAGCAAGGAGCCACCAUCCCACUGGCGUAUGCGACAGCUCACUAUGCCCUAGUUGACGUGGCCAAAAUCUCGAAAGGUCACAAGAUACUUAUCCACAGCGCAGCAGGAGGCGUUGGCCAAGCAGCCGUGCAACUAGCUCAAUUAUACGAAGCUGAAGUCUUCGUCACCGUCGGCAGCGAGGACAAGCGCCAGCUCAUGUUGGAUGAAUACCACAUCCCAUCCACGCACAUAUUCUCGAGUCGCAAUGCGGGCUUCGCGCAGAAGAUCAUGCGCAUGACGGACAACCAAGGCGUCGAUAUGGUGCUGAACUCGCUGGCAGGUGAGCUUCUAAAAGAGAGCUGGGCUUGUGUCGGUAUGUUCGGGCACUUUCUUGACAUCACCAAGAAGGACAUCUACACCAACUCACGGCUGGAGAUGCGGCCUUUUGACAAACACGUCACGUUUUCUGGAAUCGAUCUUUCGGCUAUCUUCACGCAUCGUCCCCAAUGGGGCGCCCGCAUUCUGCGAGAUUGUUUCAAGCUAUUUGACGAGGGCAAGAUUCGGGUCCCCAUGAAGCCCAUUGUCGCUUUUCCUAUUGAUGAAAUUCAGUCAGCUUUCCGUUUCAUGCAGGGCGGGAGGCAUAGUGGCAAGAUUGUUGUUACCGUGCCUGAUUACGUUCGGGUCCCCGUGGUGCCCCGAGAGGUCAAGUUCUUGGGGGCCGACGCAACCUACGUCAUUGCUGGAGGAGCUGGCGGACUCGGUAGAGAAAUAUGCCGCUGGAUGGUGGAUAAUGGAGCUCGGCAUAUUGUGCUGCUUUCGCGAAGUGGUACCAGCAGCAACCCGAAGGUGGCGCGGCUGCUGGAGGAAUGCGCGGCCAAAGGCGCAGCCGUCAAAGCGUGCAAAUGCGAUACUACGAGCUCUGAAGACGUCGCAAAUACCUUCCGCCAAGCUCGAGAAGAAUUCAGCUUCCCCCCUAUUCGAGGUGUCAUCAACGGCGCCAUGGUUCUCGACGAUAGCCUGUUUGAGACCAUGUCGUUCGACAGCUGGAGAAGAGUCAUCGAUACCAAAACAUCCUCAUCCUGGAACUUACACAAUCAACUCCUAACCGUUCCCCAUGACUUCUUCAUCCUCCUCUCAUCCGCCUCGGGUAUAUCGGGCAACCGCGGCCAGUCCAACUAUGCCGCCUCCUCUACGUUCCAAGACGCCCUCGCCCACCACCGACGCGCUCUCGGCCUGCCGGCCGCAACCUUGGAUCUGGGAAUGAUCGAGUCCGCCGGCUUCGUCGCCGAGAACAAGGACUCGGUCGCGUACCUCCGCUCCCACGGGUACGGCAUGAUCAAGCUGGAAGAGCUCUUUGGAAUGCUUCGCCACGCUAUCAUCACGGGGGAGUCGUGUGAUCAGGAACAUUGCCAGGUCGUAUCCGGCUACGACGCCACGACAGCCGAGCACGCUGCUGCUGAUUCGUCAUCUGCCGUUAGCUUGGGCAUUGGACUAACUGAUCUCAAAUUCAGCCACUUACCGCGAAUUCAUCGCUCUGCCGACAGUGCACAUGCCAAAUCCUCAACGAAAAAUGCAAAAUCGGUUUCACUGCGCCAAAAGCUCCCAUCGGCUGGAGCAGAUACGCGGCAUGCCAUUAUAACGGAAGCCAUCGUAGACAGGUUGGCCAGCCUGCUUGGCCGGCAACCGGCAGACAUCAGUGAAAAUAAGAGCGUGGCCUCCCUCGGUGUUGACAGUCUGGUCGCCGUGGAGUUGAGAAAUUGGAUCGCGGCCGAGACAGGGGUCAGUCUGCCUGUGUUUGAAAUUUUGGGGACGAGAAGUCUGGGGGAGCUGGCGGGGAGGAUUGAGGUGGGGUGUACGUUUUUGAGAGAUGGUGAGGGUCAAGGGCAGGAGUGA